AUGGUGUGCACGGGCCGAGGCGUGGCCGGCGAGCGGGCCGCGGUGCUCGCGGCGCAGCGCCAGCAGGCGCAGAGGCAGGCGGAGCGCGCGCAGCGGCUGCGGCCGGCCCUCGGGUCGUCGCACUCGUCGUCGGGGCCGCGGUUCCCCGAGUCGCCGUGCGCCAGCGCGGGCGCGGGGCCGGCGGCGGCGGCGGCGACGGCGAACCCGUUCCUGCGCGCGGUCGCCGAGCCGGCCGCCGGCACCCGCCGCGGCCAGGCGCUGCUCCUCGACGCCGAGACCAAGCUCGACAUGGGCCUGGUGCCCCGCGGCUCCUUCGCCUUCAUGAGCAAGGCGUACGUCGAGGAGGUCGACGACUGGUGCCGCCUCCAAGAGGAGCGGCGGAGCGCCACCUUCUGA